CCGCCCAUCACACAUCUGCCCAACAGUCCAAGUGCCCAGACAGAAGCAGUGAAGCAGCCUCUUCUGCGCAGCAAGCCAACGAGUGAACGACGCUUCUCGACCGUUUUGCGCAGCAACUUCAGCAAGCCAGUCGCCAUUCAGCGGCAGCCAAGCGAACCAACGACCAACUUCACACCUUCCUCAGUUUCUCUUGCACCCGCUCGACUUGCGGCAAACUGGAAUUUCAAGGCUUCCGCCUCCCGCCUUGCAGGAGUCCUAGAGACCUUCCUUUUCCCAUUUUGUGUAAAAGAAAGCAUUGCCUGACCGAGGAAGAAGGAAGCAACUAUGCCGCGUACCAUUUGCUCUGAGAGCCCUGGCUGCCCUCGCCUCCGAGCAUUAACCUUUGAUACUCUUGGCCUCAUUAAAGUGAUUCAAGCUCGUGGCGGCGAAAAACAGGAAGCUCCGGCGGUAGUGGAGCGGUGGGGUGACCCGGAUUCUUCAAGAUGCGUGCUAGCCACUUCCAUUAUUGACCGCGAAUAUGACCCUCUUCUUGGCGUUGCAAGAAAAAAUGGCAUGCUUGAGGUGCUUAGCCCUAUCAACGGUGAUGUCCGGCUUACUAUUCCGAGCUCUAGUAUAAGUAGCAGUGUGAGUGAUGAUGAUGCUAUUGUUGCAUUACAUCUUUUCAGAAAACAGAGGAUGGAGUCAUCAACGAGGUCAUGUACUUUACUUACAUGCACAACAAAAGGACAUGCAAGUAUAAGGUCAUUUGAAUUCCCCAAGUCACCAGGAGACUCAACCUCUGACGCCUCUCAAACCACAUGGAAUGCAUGUGGUUCGGGUAACAUUUUGUGCUCCAAAGUUGACAGCAGUGAAAAUUAUGCUUUGUUCGGGGGGAAGGGAGUUGAAAUCAAUGUGUGGGAUCUAGAAAAAAGUGAGAAAGUCUGGGCUGCAAGAUCUCCUCCUAAAAACAGCAUUGGCAUAUUUACGCCAACUUGGUUUACAUCUGCAACAUUCCUAAGCAAGGAUGAUCAUCGCAAAGUUGUAGCUGGAACUAAUAGCCAUCAGGUGUUACGGGCAGCUUGUGUGCAAGAUCUCGUCACAGGCCUUCGGGUGCGUCUUUACGAUAUUUCUGCUCAGAGAAGACCUGUGAUAUCAAUUGAUUUUCGAGAAACAUCUAUAAAAGCUGUCACUGAAGACCUAGAUGGGUGGACAAUAUAUGCAGGCAAUGGGACAGGUGACCUUGCUUCAUUUGAUUUGCGCACAGGGAAGCUUUUGGGGUGCUUCAUUGGUAAAUGUUCUGGAAGUAUACGGUCCAUUGCUAGACAUCCUGAGCUCCCAGUGAUAGGCUCAUGUGGGCUGGACAGCUAUUUGCGCAUUUGGAAUGUGAAGUCCAGGCAACUCCUAUCUGCGGUUUUCUUAAAGCAGCAUCUUAUGGAUUUUGUUUUUGAUUCUCAUUAUAGCAAUGAAGAGCAACAAGUUGUGAAUGAGACGCAAGAAGAAGAACGUGAAGAAGUGUAUAAAAUCACAACAAAAAGGAAGAAGGAUGCUAAAGACCCCAGUCAUAAAAAGAAGCCAAAAACCAAGAAAACAGAGCAAGAAGAUGUGAAUGAGACAAUGCAAGAAUGUGAAGAAGUGUCUACAAUCCCAAUCAUAGAGAAAGAUUUGAAGGACCCAAGUCGAAAAAAGAAGCAAAAGAGAAAGAAAAAAGCUGCUCAACAUUCAGAGGAGCCAGAGAAGAUGUCCGAAGACCCUGUAAGCAGCUUAAUUGACAUAGCUGAAGAGGAUGCCAUGCCUUCUAGAAAUGAAAGGGAAUCUAAAGGACAAAAUGACAAGAAGAAAAAGAAGAAAGUUAAGACAAGCGGAGAGCUGUGAUGCCACCUCAGCUAUGUAAGAUUUGCAUUGGAAACCAUCCAUAGAGGGUGUCUUUUGAAUGAACUCAACAGUGAUGUGGCUCUAGACUCUCUUACAGGGUUUUGUUGGAUUUGAAUGAAUUCUUUCAUAAAAUUUUCUGCCUUCUGUAUCCAAUUUUGCACCUGUCAAAGCGAGUUGAGUUGCCAUAACUCAUUUAUACUCGAUUGACCUGGAUUUUUUUCUUUAGUUGAGUGAUGUAUGUUGAAUGAAUUAUAUAAAGAAAUGAAUAUCAAAGAACAUUGCAAAUGAUAAAGUUCCCAUUUCAUUGCUUAACAAAUGUAAUGAGAAGCUUUUUAUGAACUUAUCAGUGAA